AUGGAAAACAUGGAUACCAUCCAAUUCCGCCAUCGGAUCAAUGCCAGACGGCGGGAUGGACAGCCGCUUAGAGACGACGAAAUCAACUUCAUCACCAGCCAAAGCACAGACCUGGCCGGCUCACCGGACACAAAAUACCCAGAGCAGGUCCAGUGGGCAGCUAAAGCCGAGCAGGUAUUGAGCAAACCUGCGAAUGAGAUCUCAACCGACGAUGCAAAGAAUGUGACAGCGAAGGAGGCUCAUGCUUUUGACACACUCCCGGCCCUGGGAUCCGUGGCUUCUCAUAUACAGUCGGUGGCCGAUAAAAAUACAAAGUCAUAG